AUGGUCUCGCUCGCUGACAGAAUCAAGAAAAUUGAUGAAGAAAAUACCGAGUUGAAUCUUGAUGGCUUGCAGAAGCCUGAUCUUUCAUUGCUCAAAGAAAAAGCAGACAUAAUUACAGAGCUUAGCUUGAACGCCUGCAAAAUCAACAACUUGUCUUCUCUGCCCACCAUGCCCGGCCUUUACAAGCUCCAGCUCAACGACAAUAGCCUGACUGACAUAAGCGAAUUGGCAGCCAAAUGCCCUGGCCUGAUGGAAUUAUCUGUCUCGGGCAAUAAGAAAAUCGCAUCAGUCGACCAAUUAAAGCCACUCGCACAGCUCAAGACCCUGUUGAAAAUUGAACUCGAAGGAUGCGAUAUUGCUGAAGAGGAGGAAUAUAGAAAGCCUGUUUUUGCUGCCAUAGCUACACUUGCCAAUGUUGACGGAUUUGAUAAAAGAGGAGUUGAAAUACCAGAUGACGACGAUGAAGACGAAGAAGAGGAGGACGAGUCCGAAGAAGAAGUUUCUGCUGGAGUUUCUGGCACUCUAGCUUCGCUCUACAACGCUGACUUGCCAUCAGAAGACGACGAGGAUGGCGAUUACGACUCCAACGAAGAGCCAGAAGGCUCGGACGGAGAUGAUGACGAGGACUCGCAAGAUGAGAUUAUCCAGCCAACGGAGGGUAAUGACGAGGGAGCCGGCUCAUCUGGCGAUAAAAUCAAGAGCCGAAUAAAGCCAAAGAAAGAACAGAAGCAGAGCUCCCUUUUCAGCGCUCUUUGCGAUCAAAAUCGAAGAUACGAGCCGGAGAAAGAAACCGAUGCAGACGAUGAUUGGCGUCAAUUUCUGGCGGACCCGACUUUCCGCGAUCCACCAUCACAGGCCCGCUCACAGCUGACUUCGCAUACUUCACCGCGCGAGUGCUACUCGCAGCAGUGGAGUUCCAAUCGAUGGAGCACACGUACAUCGGGCUGCUCCUCGCUCCAUUCUUCAGAAUACGCGAUUGAUUUCGAUGGAAUUCACCUGGACGACCAUUCGAGCUUCGAUGAUAGCAACAGUGGCUUCAUCCUUUGCGAUACUCCUGAAGGAUCGAUUACGACGCAUCCUGAUUAUUUGGAUACAUAUUCUGAAAAUGGUGGGAGAAAUCAACGCCACUAUCGAAUGCCUAAUCGGCCAUCAUACCACUCCGCCGACACUCUUUCAGAUAUCGUCCCUCGAUCUGUUCGCCCUUCUUUGCCUUACAAUCCAUAUUCCAGAGCACGAGUUCGUACUUCAACUCUUCAUUCCACCCCUUCCUUAUCGUGCCCUUGCCCUUCUGAACCCGUUAUCCCCGAGCAGCCGCAAGUCCAACCAGCGCAGGCGCAGAAUUCCCUUCGAAAUUCGUCGAAAAUCCACGAAAAAUGGCACCAGCUGUCCGACGAAGAACGCAAGAAAUACCUAGAAGAUCUGAUCCAGUCACUAUCAAUCAACGAUCAGCUUCAUAUUAUCCGAAUGAUUGCCCCUGCUACUGAUCUGCAGCAGUCUGACUUUCAGCAAACUACUAGUAAUCAACCGCAGACAUCCCAUCACCAACCACAUCCUGUACAGAGCUCAGAGACAUGGAAUCUACAGUUGAAAAGUUGCGAUGCUGGCAAAAUAUCAGAGGUCGAGCAAUACGUCGCUCAAUGCAACGUCCCACAAGGCUACAUGCCAAGCACGACCCAAUAUCCCCAGCAACAACAAGUUCCAGUUCAAAUGGCUCCGAAUCAAACUUACUCUCAUGAUACCAUGAGUUACACAAAUCUGCAGCAGCCAAUGCACAAUUGCACCAGCCAUCAACAACCACCCCUGAACCACCAAAAUUCAUGUCCAAGUGUGUCCCAACAGUUCUCCGUCCCAGCCCCGCCCCAACCAAUGGCGCAGCUGAGACGAUCGAAUUCUGAUCCCAAUUUGGCGGAUCAGAUUCGCCAUAUUCAAGCUAAAAAGAAGCGAGAAGACAAACAAAAACAACGCCAUAUUUACCGCUGGUUGAAUUCUCAGACGACGCUUCGCGAUAGGCGCAAGCGCAAAUUGCUCCAAGAGCGUUCUCUCCCACAGCUGUUUUCACAGCAGGAAGUCGUCGAAGUGACGUCCGAUCCCACGAUCGACGAGCAAAACGAAGAAAUCGACGUUUGCGAGUAA